UGUAGAGAAUUCUGUAAAUGAAGGAUGUAGAGGAUGGAAUUUGGAGGAUAUCGCUGGAGACAGCCUAAGCAACGGGACCAAAAUACAUAGCGGCAUCACUUGUCCUCAAUACACAGUGGACUUGCUUGGUUGCAUGAUCCGGGCUAGCGGAGUGGUCUCUGCUUCAAAAUUGCAAACGCACGGUACCUACCGCUGCGCUCUGUAGGCAGGCCUGCAGCUACUACGCAGGACUUCUCUUCCGUUCUUCCUUCGUCGCAUCGAUCCCAAAGAGAGAUCCCGCGCAUCAUCACUCGUUAUUUGAAGAGGGGGUAGCUUCUUUUUGUUGUGUGUGCGUGUCGGUGCAAAGUAGCUCUUCUAAGUAAUUUCGAUCAUUUGUUGUUGUAAAAAGAUUAGUUAAGCACCUGCGGCAUGUGGUUUCAGGCCGGAUGCAGAGAGGUACUACUACUGGUCAACGGUGAGUCGGUGACUAAUAUUUUUACUGACACAGUUUGACCGUCCAAACAGACAUACGGUCACUGCAACUUGGCGAGCCGAUGUUCGUCUGCGCCAGGUUCAAAACUGACGCACAAGUGUGAAAACAUCUUUUAAACUGUAUGCCAGUACUGUAGAUCGAUACGCUGUGGUUCGUGCUUGCUCUACAAUGAUAGCCAACGCAGAGUUCUGAGACUAUCGUUCUCGAGAUUGCACCUGCAGGGGAAACGGGCACAGGGCGUACCUAUUGGUGGAUACGAUGCUUAGCAAUAAACUCCUGUUGGUGAAUACGAUGCGAUACGAGUCCCAGAGCCCAGAGAUCUCUCUCGUUUUCCAAUUGUUUUGAGAUUCGGGCAGAAAUUCCUUCCCGUCAUCUCCCGCGCAAAAUGUCUUGCCAAACCGUGACCUGCCAACCUGGAUUGCGAACAACACAUGCAUGACCUUCCCACCACCAUCUCCACGCAUUUCCCUUGGCUUCAAAGUGCCUGCCCUCCCCAAGGCCCAAUCAUGCAGGUAUCACCACCAAGCUGCAUGUAACUCAGCACUCAGCACACUGCUGCAAGCUCAGAACUAUCCUAGUGAUCGAUCCUAGAAAUGUCGACACACAUGGCCGUCGCGGCGGUGCUCGCCGUGCUGGCGGCCGUGUGCGUGCCGCCGGCAGCGGUGGCGGAGGGAGGAGACGACGGGGCGCGGGGAGAGGUGUCGCUGGAUGCUAGGGCCCUGGUGGUGGGUGGCACGAGGAGGGUGCUGUUCGCCGGCGAGAUGCACUACACCAGAAGCACCCCCGAGAUGUGGCCAAAACUCAUUGCUAAAGCGAAGGAAGGUGGCCUUGAUGUGAUACAGACCUACGUAUUUUGGAAUGUCCACGAGCCUGUCCAGGGUCAGUACAACUUCGAGGGAAGAUAUGAUCUUGUGAGAUUCAUCAAGGAAAUUCAAGCUCAAGGGCUCUAUGUAAACCUCAGGAUCGGUCCCUUCAUCGAGGCCGAAUGGAGAUAUGGAGGCUUCCCGUUUUGGCUACAUGAUGUCCCGGACAUUACCUUUCGGAGCGACAACGAACCCUUCAAGCAACAUAUGCAAAGAUUUGUUACAGAUAUAGUAAACAUGAUGAAACAUGAACAGCUGUAUUACCCGCAAGGAGGCCCAAUUAUAAUUUCUCAGAUUGAGAAUGAAUACCAAAUGGUUGAACCUGCAUUUGGAUCAAGUGGACAGCGUUACGUCAGCUGGGCAGCUGCAAUGGCUGUGAAUCUUCAGACGGGUGUACCAUGGACAAUGUGCAAGCAAAAUGAUGCUCCAGAUCCAGUUAUAAAUACCUGCAAUGGGCUCAUUUGUGGAGAAACAUUUGUUGGACCAAACUCAGCUGACAAGCCUGCAUUGUGGACAGAAAAUUGGACCUCUCGCUAUCUAAUAUAUGGUAAUGAUACAAAAUUGAGAUCUCCAGAAGAUAUCGCCUUUGCAGUUGCGUACUUUCUAGCAAGGAAGAAUGGGAGCUAUGUGAGCUACUAUAUGUACCAUGGAGGAACAAACUUUGGGAGGUCUGCUUCUUCAUAUGUAACAACAAACUACUACGAUGGAGCUCCUCUGGAUGAAUAUGGUUUGAUAUGGCAACCAACAUGGGGCCAUCUGAGAGAAUUGCAUACUGCAGUAAAAAAAUCGUCAGAACCAUUACUAUUUGGAACGUACUCCAAUUUUUCACUAGGUCAAGAACAAGAGGCACAUGUUUUUGAAACAGAAUCACGAUGUGUUGCUUUCUUAGUGAACUUUAAUCUGCACCGGACAUCAGAAGUAGUAUUUCGUAAUAUAUCAUUGCAACUGGCCCCUAAAUCAAUCAGCAUUCUCUCAGAUUGCAAGAUAGUAGUUUUCGAAACGGCUAAGGUAAAUGCUCAGCAUGGUACAAGAACAACAGAAGAAGUACAGUCUUUCAAUGACAUUAAUACUUGGAAGGCAUUCAAAGAAUCAAUUCCUCAAGAUGUGACUAAAGCUAUGUACACUGGAAACCAGCUAUUUGAACAUCUGACAACCACUAAAGAUGAGACGGACUAUCUUUGGUACAUUGUUGGCUAUGAAUAUACACCAAGCGAAGAUAACCAGCUUGUGCUACUUAAUGUUGAGUCACGGGCACAUAUAUUGCAUGCUUUCGUCAACAAUGAAUACGUAGGUAGAGUACAUGGGAGCCAUGAUGGACCUGCCAAUAUAAUUCUUAGCGCAAAUAUUUCAUUGAAGGAAGGACCCAACACCAUAUCGUUGCUAAGUGCUAUGGUUGGAUCACCGGACUCUGGCGCUCAUAUGGAAAGAAGAGUCUUUGGAAUCAGGAAAGUGAGCAUACAACAGGGAUGGGAGCCAGAACAUCUUCUCAACGAUGAGCUAUGGGGAUACCAAAUUGGCUUAUUUGGGGAAAGGAAUCGCAUCUACGCACAAGAGGGAUCAAAAAAUGUUGAAUGGACAGCUAUCAACAAUUUGACAUACAGUUCGCUUACUUGGUACAAGACAACAUUUCCCACACCAGCAGGAAACGAUGCAGUGAUACUGAACCUUACUGGUAUGGGAAAAGGUGAAGUAUGGAUCAAUGGAGAGAGCAUCGGACGGUAUUGGGUCUCCUUCAAGGCUCCUAGCGGCAAUCCUUCGCAAUCGCUGUAUCACAUCCCACGGCAAUUUCUAAACCCUCAAGACAAUGUUCUAGUCCUUUUUGAGGAAAUGGGCGGGGACCCACAACAGAUAACAGUGAACACAGUUUCCAUCACAAGAGUGUGUGGCCAUGUGAAUGAGCUCUCUGCAUCAUUGCUUCAUUCCCAGGAUAACGAACCAGCGGUAGAUAUCUCGUGCCAGGAAGGCAAACAGAUCUCGGCAAUUGAGUUUGCAAGCUAUGGAAAUCCAGUGGGUGACUGCACAAGUUAUGGCAUCGGAAGCUGUCAUGCCGGAUCAUCAGAAUGGACAGCAAAGCAGGCUUGCGUGGGUAAGACUGGGUGCUCUAUUCCCGUAACACCUGCCAAAUUUGGAGGCGACCCAUGCCCUGGAAUCCAAAAAUCCCUUCUAGUUGUGGCGAGUUGCAGAUGAUACAAGAAAAUCAUACUAGUAUACAACACAGGAAAGAAAUUAGCUGAAUCACAAAAUCAGAUAGAGGAAAGUGAAAUUCAAACAAACAACAUUAUUCCUAUUAGGAAAGAAGUUGAUGAUUGAAGCCGUAGUUCAUAGACUACAUCUAUCUACCCAUUGCUUUGACCUCUGUACCUCACAGCAUAGAUAUGUGCAGAUUUUACCCGAGAGACAGCUUAUUAGUUUGUGAUUCGAAAUAUCGUGACCAACUCAUUUCUAGCGCCUCCAUAUGGGCCCAACGCACUACGCAACUUCCACCGGAAA